AUGUGGUGCCGUCAGACCUACUAUCUCAAACAAUACAAUCCACGCGAGCGACGACCAAGCAUAACAGUAGCUGAAUUGCGAAACGGUUUCGCGGGCGAUGAGGUUGACGAGGAUAUACCUAAGCUAGUACAGUACCCAGAUAAUCUCUGUUAUAAAGAUUUAUUCUACUUUCUGCUUGCACCCACGCUCUGCUAUGAGCUAAACUUCCCUAGAACUACGCGUGUACGCAAGCGUUUCUUGCUCAAACGCUUACUUGAGGUACUCUUCGGCUUCAAUGUUAUUAUGGCGCUAUUUCAACAAUGGAUAAUACCAUCUGUACGUAAUUCGCUUAUACCCUUCUCAAAUAUGGAAAUCGGUUUGGCCACUGAAAGGCUACUCAAAUUGGCGUUACCAAAUCAUCUAGUUUGGCUGUGCUUCUUUUACCUGCUGUUUCACUCAUUUCUAAAUGCUGUAGGCGAAUUAUUACAUUUCGCGGAUCGUAAUUUCUAUUGCGAUUGGUGGAAUGCUAAUAAUAUUGAUACUUUCUGGCGUACAUGGAAUAUGCCAGUGCAUAGGUGGUGCGUGCGACAUCUGUAUGUGCCAGUGGUGAAAAUGGGCUACUCACCCGCGCAAGCGUCUACUAUUGUUUUCCUAAUAAGUGCUUUUUUUCAUGAAUAUUUGGUGUCCAUUCCUCUACAAACCCACAAAAUAUGGGCUUUUCUUGGCAUGAUGGGUCAAAUACCCCUCUCUGCUGUAUCUAAGUCGAUUGAACGUAAAAUGGGUCCACGCAUGGGUAAUAUUAUUGUGUGGGCAUCGAUAAUAUUGGGCCAACCGCUCUGUAUAAUGAUGUACUACCACGAUUAUGUGGUGACGCACUACCAUGAUGCGUUAAAUAGCACCGUUUAUAAUGAGGUCUAA